AUGGCAAUGGCAGCACGUGUGACCAAACUCAAAGCAGAAUCCAAGUGCUCCAUCUGUCUGGAUUACCUCAGAGACCCCGUCACCAUCGAUUGUGGGCACAACUUCUGUCAGCUCUGCAUCCAACAGUCCUGGGCAGAUCUACAGGAAUUGUUCCCUUGCCCUGUCUGUCGUCACCAAUGUCAAGACAGGCACUUCAGGAGCAACGCCCAGAUGGGAAGGAUGAUUGAAAUUGCCGAGAUACUCGAGAGCGCGAAGAGCAAGAAAAAGAGGCAGGAAAAAAGGACCUUGUGCGAGAAGCACAACCAGCCCCUGAGUGUUUUCUGCGAGGAGGACCUGGUGCUGCUGUGUCCCCUGUGCACUCAGCCCCCUAACCACCAGGGCCACCACGUGAGGCCCAUAGAGGAGGCUGCCUCUCAUCACAGGGAAAGGCUCCGCAGUUACAUCCAGCCCCUGAAAAAGCAAUUGGCAGACCUUCAAAAAUUAAUAACCACUCAAAGCAAAAAACUCUUAGAACUGAGAGAGAAGGUAGAAAGCCAAAGGCAGGAACUGUCCUCUGAAUUUGAGCACCUCACCCAGUUUCUAGACCGUGAGCAGCAGGCAGCUCUCUCCAGACUAGCUGAAGAAGAGAAGGACAAUCAACAGAAACUCAGUGCAAACAUAGCAGCAUUUUCAAACUACAUUGCCACACUCAAGAGCCAAUUAAAUAAGGUAGCAGAGCUCAGUGAGCUGUCUGAACUGGAACUGCUGUCACAAAUUAAACUUUUCUACGAGUCUGAAAAUGAGAGUAGCCCAUCAAUCUUUUCAAUUCAUUUGAAGAGAGAUGGCUGCAGUUUUCCUCCCCAAUAUUCUGCUCUGCAGAGAAUUAUAAAGAAAUUUAAAGUAGAUGUAAUUCUAGACUCUGAAACAGCACACCCUAACCUGAUUGUAUCUGAAGAUAAAAAAUGUGUGAGAUUUACAAAGAGAAAACAAAAGGUUCCUGGUUUCCCAAAAAGAUUUACUGUCAAGCCAGUUGUUCUGGGUUUUCCAUGUUUUCAUUCCGGCAGGCAUUUCUGGGAGAUUGAAGUGGGAGAUAAGUCUGAAUGGGCUAUUGGCAUUUGCAAAGAUUCUCUUCCCACAAAGGCGAGGAGACCCUCAUCAGCCCAGCAGGGAUGUUGGAGAAUUGAGCUACAGGAUGACGGCUAUCAUGCACCAGGGGCUUUUCCAACCCCUCUCUUGUUAGAAGUGAAAGCUAGGACCAUUGGCAUUUUCGUGGACUAUGAGCUGGGUGAGAUCUCAUUCUAUAACAUGGCUGAGAAAUCUCACAUCUGUACUUUCUCUGACACUUUUACUGGAGCUCUUCGGCCUUAUUUCUAUGUAGGACCAGAUUCACAACCUCUCAGAAUCUAUACAGGAACAGCUGGUGAAUAAAAACCCACCUGUGAGGCUGAGCUAUUUUACUAGUUGUUUUUUUUUUUAAUGGAAGAUGCAGAGGUUAUUGUAGUAAUGUAUCUACAGACAUAAUCC